CAAAUCUUUCUAGUAGAGAGAGACAGAGAGGGAGAGUGAGUGAGCGAGAGGUAGAGGGAGAGACUGAGUGAGAAGUCCAGACAGAGUAGGACAGAACAGAGGAAGAAGAGAGUGAAAGCAAUAGAGCGAGACUACUUCUUGUCGUUUUCUUGCACACAGAGAGAUUUAACCAUGAAGCUCUUCUGCCUCCUGUUCCUGGUUGGUCUGUCUGUAGCCCAGGCAGCUCCUCCGGACUCUUCCAGGGUCUAUCCCACCAUGCCCUCUCAACUCCAGCCCCAGACUCAGCCUCCAGCUGAGGCCAAGUCCCGCUUCGCUAUGCUGGACGAUGUCCGUCUCCUGGCCAACGGUUUGCUCCAGCUGGGUCAGAGCCUCAGGGAUUUUGUUCACAAGACGAAGGCCCAGAUUAACGACAUCUUCCAGAAGCUGACCAACUUCGAUCGCUCCUUUUACCAGCUCUCCGUGGUCACCUCAGAGAUCAAGGAGGAAGAGGAAGAGCUGAAGAAGACCACCACGUUCCUGAAGGCUAACAACGAGGAGAUCCGGAACCUGUCACUGGAGAUCAACGCCAAGAUCAACAGUAUUCUGCAGGAGAGGAGCUUGCUGCAGAGUCAAGUAGGGGGGUUGGAGGAGAAGCUGAAGGGACUGUCUGAGAGCAUGAUGCCGGGAGAGCAGCUCAGUGAGAUCAAGUCACUCAAGGAUGUGAUUGAUGCUCAAGAGAGCACCAUCACUGACCUGCUGAAAGCUGUGAAGGAGCAGCAUGAUCAGCUCAACCAACAGAAAACUAAGAUCAAGACUCUGGAGGAAAAGAUCAGCAUCGAUCAUUUCCAAGACGCGACUGACAAAGCAAUGGGUUCCGACUCAGAGAUCCCAGACAUGUUUGAGUACCUGACAGGCAACUCCACUGGUGAGGACACAGACCUACCCGUGGACUGCAGUGAUCUUUAUAACAGAGGAGAGAGGAACAGCGGGGUGUACCCCAUCAAGCCAAAUCAGUCAGAGCCUUUCAAUGUGUACUGUGAACUGACCUCAGGAGGUUCAACAGUCAUCCAGCGCAGGGAGGAGGGGUCCGUGGAUUUUGACCAGACAUGGGAGAAGUACGAGAAAGGAUUUGGGGAUCUGGAAAGAGAGUUCUGGCUGGGCCUGAUAAAGAUCCACAGCCUGGCUGGCCAGGGUGACUCCAUCCUGAGCAUUGAGUUGGAGGACUGGAAGGAGGACAGGAGGUCAGUAGAGUACCAGUUCACCAUGGAGGGAGCCCAGGCCCACUACACCCUCCACCUCACCCACCUGUCUGGAGAUCUGCCUAACGCCAUGGGCAACCACACCAGGUUCUCCACCAAGGACCGAGACAACGACAACCACCAGGACUCAAACUGCACCAAAAACUACACAGGUGGCUGGUGGUUCAACGCCUGUGGCGACACCAACCUGAACGGCAGGUACAUGUGGCUGAGGUCAAAGGGUCGUUCCAUGAGGAGGAAAGGGAUCCACUGGAAACCUCUGGGUAUCUCCUACUCCCUCAAGACCACCAAGAUCUCCAUACGACACGUCUGAAGCCCUCCCCCUGGCCUCAAGUUUCCACUAACCCUUCUAUUCCUUCCAUUACAACACAUUGGCAUGGUAACAACACAUAUGCCCCCCUCACCCGGAACUUUCCAUUGACCACCCCACCCUCCCAGUUACAUGACGUUGUCACGGUAACAGAUAGUGCAGCUGGGUUGUUUGCAGCAGAAAAAAAUGAAAAGUCAGCAGCCAAUUCGUAUCCAUGUCAGAGAAAAGACGACGAUUUGUCAGUGAUGGAACAACCACAGUCGGCCGAUAAGGGGCCUCACAAAUUGGUUCAAGACAUGCCAAUAGAGUUGGGUAACACCUGGGAGGGGUUGUUUGGGUUCCUAACCGACAAGCGUUGAUUUGGUCGGGACGGAAUGUCAGACGAUUCUACACUGUCUGGUCUGGGCCAUAAUAACAGCCCUGAGAAGUUACUUUCAACUGACGGACAGAACUAAAAAGAUUCCAAAGCAAUAUAUAACUGACACAUCACUCUGCUUUGGUAUAAUAAAUGAUGUGCACGUGACCUCGACAUAAUCCUAACAGCCCUACUACCAAGCAUGUAUUACCCUGCUGUAUUGCUGCCUGCUAUGCGGUGGUUGAUGAUUGUACUAAACAUCCACGAGAAAGUAGACCAAGAUCAACAUGAUGCAUAGGUCUUCCAAAGUAGGAUAUGAGCUUAGUAUUUUCACUGUCUGAACUUUGAACUGUAUUUAAAACCAUUUUCCUAAUGCUCCAUUAAAUGUCCUGAAAGGUUAGUAACUUACAUUGAUCAUAUCAUUGGGUCAUAUUGACUCCUCGUCUCAUGUCUACUCGGUGUCAUCUUUCUGCUGCAUUUAAAUGGCUGUUACAUAUUUUGCGUUUCUUACUACUAACACUUUAUAAUACAACAUUUAUAAAGACAAAAUAAAACACUCAAAACACACA